AUGCCGGCUCCGUACUCGGGAAAGUGCCUCUGCGGAGCGGUCUCGGUCGAGAUCGCCAGCGAGCCGCUCGUUGUCCUGUCCUGCGGCUGCGACCACUGCCAAGUCGGCGCCGGAGGUGUCGCUCAGGUGAUUGGCAAGUUCGCCGAGAAGGAUAUCAAGGUCUCGGGCGAGGAGAACCUCAACACCUUCACCUUCUCCGACACGGGCAGCGGCAACCCCAAGGAGAAGAUGUUCUGCAAGACCUGCGGCGUCACCAUGUGGACUAUUCCGGGAGCCGCAAAGGGCUCCGCCCGCAUGGUCCGCACGGCGGUGCUCAAGGACGGCCUCGCGCUGAAGCCCAAGAACGAGAUCUACACCAUCAACAGGCCCGCCUGGGUCAAGCCCGCCGACGGUGCCAACCAGUUUGAGAAGUCCUCUCACUGA